AUGUUGUCCAACCCGUUGCAUCGAUUUUCGCCCUAUCACGCCGCGCUUCCAGCUUCAACUCUUUUCUCCAACGGGCAUGCGCCCGCCAACCACCCCCAUCCUGGCGGCAUGAACGAAAUGUCCCAGGGUUACGCCCUUCAGCAACAACUUCAACACGCUGCAGUCCACAACCCCCACCUCGCGCGAAACGCUCCUCAGCAAAAACAUCGGCAACACCCAUACGGUCCAGCAACCAGGACUUCUACUGGCUCAGGCCCUAUCAGGAGGAGGAUUAGCCGGGCAUGCGACCAAUGCAACCAAUUGAGGACCAAGUGCGACGGGCAACAUCCCUGCGCUCAUUGUAUAGAAUUCGGCCUGGGCUGCGAAUACGUCCGUGAGAGGAAGAAGCGCGGCAAGGCGUCCAGGAAAGACCUCGCCCAAGCAGCGGCAGCGGCAGCACAGGCGGCCAACGGAUCCAAUGGAAAAUCAGAUACAGACGAAAAUGGAGACUCCUCUGAACACAAUGGUGAACCUGCCCCCAGAAGGGUUUCAACUAAUGGUUCGAGUUCCCACUCUGGCAUCAAGGUGGAUGAUAUGAGCGAAGACGCAACGCGGCAGAGCCAGCGAACGGCAUCCCUGGACACUUUGGACGACUUGAACACACACCAACACCACAUGGCCCAGCACCAAGUCUUAGAGAGGGAGCAUCUUGGCAGCCCAACUACUCUGGACAUGAAUAGCUACGGAGCCGGCAUGCACCAUGGAUAUGAAAGGCAAGCGUUGGGAGCCCCGAUGCUAAACGGUCCGACACAUGGACCGUAUGGGCCCAGCCAGGGCAACAUGCCGGCAUAUACGGAGCUACCGUACGGCAUGCAGGCUCAGAGCCCGGCAGCCUACCCUACGAAUCCUCAUUUCCGAAUCGGCAAUAGCCCGAUGGGCGCGUAUCCCAUGGGCAACGAGCCAACUUCUCCCGGGUGGAUAAACAUGUCCUCACCAACGGCACAAUAUCCAUCCCAUAUUCCUCAACACAGUUACGUACACGGCACUCAAAACCUACGUUAUCCAGUAUUGGAGCCUCUCAUCCCUCACCUCAACAACAUUGUUCCCAUACCAUUGGCCUGCGACUUGGUUGACCUCUACUUCGCCUCAUCUUCAUCUGCGCAGAUGCACCCUAUGUCGCCCUACGUCCUAGGGUAUGUCUUCCGGAAGCGAGCUUUCCUCCAUCCUACGAAACCAAGACUGUGCCAGCCCGCUCUGCUAGCAAGCAUGCUUUGGGUUGCCGCCCAAACUAGCGAUGCUCCAUUUUUGACGAGCAUCCCCUCGGCGAGGGGCAAGAUCUGUCAGAGGCUCCUUGAAUUGACUGUCAGUCUUCUCAAGCCACUGAUCCAUACGCCCACGGGAGAGCCCUCGCCAGCAACAAGUCCAGUCAUCGAUGGCGUUGCACUUGGAGGGCUUGGGGUUGCGCUUCCCGGCACCAUGAGCCUCGAUGCUCUGACAGGAGAGUCAGGCGCGUUCGGGGCUGCUGGCAAGCUGGAUGAUGUCAUCACCUACAUCCACUUGGCUACUGUGGUGUCUGCAAGCGAAUAUAAGGGAGCGAGCCUACGGUGGUGGAACGCAGCGUGGUCUCUAGCACGCGAGCUCAAGCUUGGUCGCGAGCUCCCGCCUUCCAUGAGACCCAUGGGGCCUGUCGACGGAGAUGACGGGGAUGUCGGAGCUUCCAACGGCAUGAAUGGCGGUACCAGCACGCCGGGCUCCAUCACUGAAGAGGAACGAGAGGAGCGCCGACGGAUCUGGUGGCUGGCCUAUAUUGUCGAUCGGCAUCUGGCUCUUUGUUACAACCGCCCCCUCUUCCUCUUGGACCUUGAAUGCUCCGGCCUCUUCCAGCCGAUGGACGACAUGGCCUAUCAGAACGGUGAUUUCGAGAGCUACAUGGGUAACACGACGGAUCCCAACCUCGCCGGCGAGGGCCUUCAUCAGCAACCUUUGCGAAUCCGCGGACCUCACUUUGAGUGUACAGGACAUAGUAUCUUUGGAUAUUUCCUCCCUCUCAUGACCAUACUUGGUGAGAUAGUCGACUUGCAUCACGCGCGAAACCACCCGCGCUUUGGUGUAGGUUUUCGCAUGGCACGAGACUGGGAUGAGCAGGCUAUGGAGAUCACGCGCCACCUCGAGGCUUACGAGCAUAGUUUGAAGCGUUUCGAGCAGCAGUACCUUCGUCGCAUGCACCCCGAAGGCGAAGGUCUAGCGCCCAAUUGCGAUCAGGCGUCUGCACUGGAUGCCCCUGACCACAACGGCGCUGCAGAUAUUGGUACUCCCUCGGUCCACUCAGUGCACACGAACUCGUCGAAUCGAAUGACAGAGUCGGAUAUCCAGACCAAGAUCGUCAUGGCAUAUGGCACGCAUGUCAUGCAUGUACUGCAUAUUCUUCUCGCCGGAAAGUGGGAUCCUAUCAAUUUAAUUGAUGAUAACGAUCUAUGGAUUUCAAGCCAGGGCUUCAUCACGGCCACAGGGCACGCCGUCUCGGCAGCCGAAGCCAUCAGCCACAUUCUCGAGUUCGACCCAGGCCUAGAGUUCAUGCCUUUCUUUUUCGGCAUCUACUUGCUGCAGGGCUCGUUCUUGCUGCUCCUAAUCGCAGACAAGCUGCAAUUAGAAGCCAGCCCGAGUGUAGUGAAAGCUUGCGAAACCAUCGUCCGGGCCCACGAAGCUUGCGUGGUGACACUUAAUACGGAGUAUCAGCGCAACUUCAGCAAAGUAAUGCGGAGUGCUCUGGCACAGGUCCGUGGUCGGGUGCCCGAAGACCUAGGCGAACAGCACCAGCGCCGACGUGAGCUGCUGGCUUUGUACCGCUGGACUGGCGACGGCACUGGUCUUGCCCUGUGA